GAUCAAGCACGAUCGGCUGCUUAAAACUAGCUCCCCUGGAGCAGUUAGCGUGCGCUCGAGGAUGUGCGACAGCGGCAAACGAAGCGAUGGAAGCUGCGGCAAGCACCAGCGGGAGAGAGGCAACAGCCCCUGGCUGGAUUGGUCGCGAACUCAAACCGGGCAAGAAGAAAGACCCGCCUUUGUCGUGGAUGUACCUGCGGGAAGCCCCUGAUGGAACCAAGACGCUAAUGCCGUGGUCGGAGCGGCUCAUUUGGGGCGGCGUGCUGGGCGGGAUAGCGUACUUCUUCGUGCCUCGAAUUUACAACGCGCGGAAAAAGGCCGCAGAGGAGGAGGAGGCUUCCAAGGUGCGGGAGGCGGAGCUGAAGACGCGGCGACUGACCGCCAUCCGCGUGCUGCUAUCCAACAAGGACUGGCUGAGCGCGGACGCGGAGGCCUUCGAGGGGCUGAGCCCCAAGCAGAUCGCCGAGUUCAUGAAGGAGCACGGCAUCAAUGCAGACGACCCCUUCGAGGGGAUGUCGCCCGAGGAGAUCGACGCCUUCGUUGCGAAGACUGGCAUGCAGAUAUGAUGAGGUCGAAGUCAGCAACUCGGACAGCCGGGCAUGGACGUAGAUUGCUCUGGAGCGGGAGCCGAUGCCGGCAGCGGAGCAAGCAGCGGGCAGCAGUGGUGGGUGUGGGGAGUAAAAUGGAAUCGGCUUUGACGCAGUAGGCGGUGUGUGGGGCGUGGGGGUGAGCGGCUAUUGUAGGCGUGCGCCUGAGCCGCUGACUGUAGGACAGCAGGAGGCCGUGUGAUGUGGAUGCCCGACGGGCUAAUAUAGACAAGCCUCGUGAUGCUGUGGCCGGGCUUUUUAGCAUCAUGGACCCCGAUGGAGGGUAGUCGCGAGGAUGCCGGGAAAAGGUGCAGUGCUGCCCGUUGGGAUAGCGGUUACGGCCUGUUCUACCGCAGACACUGGUGAUGCAGAGUUUAGGGGAUAGCAUGUAGACUUGUGAUUGGGUAAGCAGGGCGGUGGCAGGGCAUGAAGGAGUAGCGUAUGAGGCAAAGGGAAAGCCUCAUCUUGAAGUGUAUCAGGUGGGAUUCGCGCGCGGUUUCUGCAUGGGGGUUGCAUGGCGGCCCGGAACUCCGUUGUUAAGCCCCUUGCUUCA